AUGUCCUGCUGCGAGUUGGGGAGGGUCCCGACGGCACUGGAGCUUCAUGCGAAAUCCCUGUCGGAGGACAAUGGCGCCGAGAUGCUCUUCCCCAUGUACACAGUUGCCGUUGAAACAUUACUGCGGAUGACAGCUGUUCAACCGCAUGAAGAGCUGAAGGCGCGCGGGGAGCUGGUUGAGUUCGAAGACAGCGCGGAUCAAACGGCGGGCUUUGUUUCGCACCAGUGGAUGACCCAGCAUCACCCGGACCCCGAGUGCGAACAGCUGAAAGUUUUGCAGGGUGCCUUCGUGCAUCUUUUAGGCACUGGCGGCUAUGUGCCAGUGGACCUCGUUACGGAAGCUUUUGUGCCCGGUGCAAAACGGAUUCCGAAGAGCAUAUUUCAGACCUCGUCGCUAGUUGUGUGGUACGACUACUUUUCUGUCCCGCAGCUGGAGAAGCGGUACACCUGUGGUGCCGACGACAAGGACGGCAGCCAGCAAGCGCGAGCUAUCAACAGCAUCCCGGCAUAUGUGGCCAGGUGCAAGCUUUUUCUGGCGCUUUGCCCAACUCUCAAGUCGGACUCCAAAGUCAUCGGCGCCAUGACCUGGACCCAGAGAGGCUGGUGCCGGGUGGAAAGAGCAGCACGCGAGCUGUCUCCAGACAGCACGUGGAUUCUGAUUCAGAGUAGCAGCUGCCUUGAAGUAGUGGGUGGAGCGACAUCUUUUCCAACAGGUCCAGUCGGAGAAGGCAACUUUUCGAACGAAGAAGAUCGACAGAAAUUGGCACCAGUGAUGCGGAAUAUUGUAAUGCGGAAAAUGAUGCACUGCUUGAAGACAUCGGACUUCCCCGGCUUCCGGCGCCAGCUCAACUUGCAGAGUGUGCACUUUCGGGGCUUGGAGGUCGCGCCCAUUGACGGCAUCCUCCCCAUCGAUGAUGAUGUCGAUGCAGUGUCACAAUUCCUUUUCCAAAACGGCCUGAGGAAGGUUCAAAAACCUGACACAGCAGGCUGGUGGCCAGUGCACUAUGCAGCAUUGUCCGGCAAGGCUGAGGUUAUCCGAGGGCUCUUGCGGCUGCGGGCAUCCGUCAGCCAAAGGACUUCCAAACCUGAGCCUAACUUGGGCAUUCCCCCAUGGAUGUCUGCGCUAGAUCUGGCAGUGAUUCAUGCGCACCGCGAUGCAACUCUCGCUCUGAUCUCCGCUGGCGCUGAACUGGAAGGCGGCAUAACACUAGCUCCAGCCCAGCACUACGCGGCGACGGCGGACAGCGUCGAAUGCCUCCGAGCCCUUCGCGCCGCAGGCGCUCGUCGGGAAGCCGAGGCCAUGCUUGGAUUCACCUGCCUGGAUGCGGCGGCUGCUAUGCAUUCGCUGCUCUGUGUGGAGGAGCUGGCACCGCAUGCGAGCACCGCAGAGCUCAACAGAGCACUUGGCUUUGCUGCAGUGCGAGGUGGCUCAGUGGAGCUGGUCCAGCACUUGAUUUCCAAUCAAGCCGAUGUGAACUGCCAAUACGACAUGACGCGUGAAUUUAACCGUUUGGGUAGGUUUGUUUUUCGAGCCGCAGCUUUGGCGCACCGUUUCGGGAAAGUCACAGCUUUGUCGACCCUUUCUUAUCAUUUACACGGCAGCACGCCAUUGAUGCAUGCCGUGCGGAUGGCUAACUACGAGACCGCGGCGGCCCUAAUUGCAAACGGUGCAAGGUCAGACCUCCGCGACCCCCGAGGCUUCAGCCCGGUUGAUAUUGCAAAAGACCAAUCCAUUCCUCACUUUUUGCAGAAGGGUUUGGAUGGAGACCCUUCAGAAUGUGAACGGGUGAUUUCCCUCGCACUCCAAAAUGGAAUGAUCGAGGUCGUCUUUUGA